AUGCUCACCAUUGGGCGGACUAGCAGCAUCAUGAUAGACAUGGAUAAUGAAAAACUGCAGGGUGGAUUCAUGUUAUGCUUCCUGGAUGAUGGAUGUGGCAUGAGCCCUGAGGAAGCUUCCGACAUAAUUUAUUUCGGAUCAUCCAAAAAACGCUUAUCAACCUGCAAAUUCAUCGGACAGAAUGGUAAUGGUCUUAAAAGUGGGUCAAUGAGAGUUGGAAAGGACUUUAUACUUUUUACAAAGAAGGAAGAAACAAUGACCUGUGUGUUUCUUUCUCAGACAUUCUGUGAAAGGGAAUGUCUUGAUGAGGUUGUGGUCCCCUUGCCUUCAUGGUUAACAAAAACCAGAGAACAUGUCACCAAUGAUCCUGUAACAUUCUCAACAGAAUUAUCUAUAAUUUAUAAAUACUCUCCAUUUAAAACUGAAGCUGAAUUGAUGCAGCAGUUUGAUAUGAUCUAUGGAACACAUGGUACUUUGUUGAUUAUUUUUAACUUGAAGCUUUUACUUAAUGGAGAACCAGAGAUGGAUAUUAAAACUGACCAAGAAGAUAUUCUGGUAGCUGGAGCUCUUGAUGAUUUUCCAGAGAGACGAUCAUUCAGAGCCUACACAUCUGUUCUAUAUUUUGACCCUCGGAUGAGAAUAUUUAUUCAGGCCAGAAGAGUGCAAACAAAACACCUAUGCCUUUGCCUCUACAAACCCAGGAAGUAUCUGUAUGUUACAUCUUCUUUUAAAGGAACACUUAAAAAUGAAGUUAAAAAGGCAGAAGAAGAUGUAAAGAUUGCUGAACUUAUAUUAAAAGAAGCACAAGACAAAGUCAACAGAAUGAACAGAACUCCUUCAUUAUCUCCUACCAAGCACGCAUUGCAAAAAGCUUUAGAAGAUGUGGAAGCAAAGUGUAAGACUCUUACAGAGAAAAGGAGAGAAUUAAGAAAAGCGAAAAUGCUCCCCUUGUUCUUUGGAGUGAGCCCAGAAAAUCGAAGCCAAACCGGAAUGUUCAUUUACAGUAAUAGCCGCUUGAUCAAAAUGCAUGAGAAAGUGGGUCCCCAGUUGAAACUCAAGACCCUGCUUGGUGCAGGUGUGGUUGGAAUUGUUAAUAUACCGUUGGAGAUAAUGGAACCAUCCCAUAAUAAACAGGACUUUCUCAAUGUCAAAGAAUACAAUCAUCUGCUGAAAGUCAUGGGACAGUACUUGGUCCAGUACUGUAAGGACACUGGAAUCAGUAAUAGAAACCUGCCAUUGUUUUUGAAUGAAUUUGGAUACCAGAAGAGCAAGGAUGCAGAGAAAUCUUUACACUCUGUUCAGCAUCAAAGAAGACAAGUGAUGGCCAUCCCACUCAUUAUUCAGUGUGAUAUUUGCCUCAAGUGGAGAGUCUUACCUUCCUCUACCAAUUAUCAAGAAAAAGAGUUUCCUGACAUCUGGAUUUGUGCUAAUAAUCCUAACCCCAUGGAAAACAGUUGUCAUCAGAAGGAACAGCUACCUUCCAUCCCUCUGGGUACCCUGAGUACAGUGUCAUCAUUGAAAAAUGAAAAAGAGAAACAACUACGAGAGUUACUCAGUAGACAUAAAAAUAAACUCACAGAACAGCAGCUACAGCCUCAAUUUAUACCCCCUGAUAGGAUCUCUGAGUUCACUACCACCAGCCAGACUUCAGAAACUUCAGCACAUAAGGAAAAUGCCAAAACACAGAAAGUCAGGCCUUUGGGUGGUGACUUAAAGCACGAAUCUCAUCUGUUGGUCAGCCAUAUAAACAGGAAAAGAAGCACAGAGUCUGAAGGAUCAGACUCUGAUAUAGAGUUCAUUUCUGAGACUAAAGCUGUGAAGACGACUAGGAGGAAGAAAAUGAAGCCUCAGCAGUGGGGGCGUGCAGAAGUCCCACCAGAAAAUGUCAAACCAGUUGAGAGAUUCCAGCAAAGUCAGAUUGCUAAUAGCACAGUUAGUGGAAAACUAAAACCAAUUGGGAAUUUAAAAAAUACCCAUCAUUACAGUCAAGCCUCUUCUUGGGAAAUGAAAAGUAAGCAGAGCCAAAACCUUAUGCAGGAAUGCAAGGCAUUGAUUGAAGUUGAGAGCAACAAUAAAGAUAUAGAUUUUAUCCAGAUUUUAGAUAAAAGAGACACUGGUCUGUCACUGAAACAAGAAAAAAAGGAGGUUCAUGUUACAAACAAAGAAAUCCAGAAGCUGUGCAGUAUAGGGGUACAGAGGAACCCUUCAUCAUCUAACUGGAAAAGUUUAACAACUGAAGAUUUAAAUGGGAGUUUUCAACACAAAGAUAGAGGUUCUGUGAUUGGUGAUUGUAAAGGUCCUUCUUCUCUGAUACCAUCUUCUCAAAAUAUAUUUGUCAAGGAAACAGUGAGAAAACUGAUAUCCGUUUUAAGGGAUAUUCUUCUGUAUUUUUUCCCUGAGUAUCACCUGCCAUCUGAAUUUGACAACACCUAUAUGGAGAAAGCUAUAACAUGUUCUGAGCUGGAGAAAUGCCCAGAACAGACAAACGAAAAGCUGAAACUGUGUUUCAGCCAGAUCCAGAAUGUGUGCAUGGUCCAAUAUGAAAACAGACUCAAGAGAAAAAUGCUGUCUCUUAUCUCUGAUGCAACCAGAAGGAAAGAGGUGAGUGAAGUCUAUCUGAGGCAAUGUGAAGAAAAAAGAAAAUUUACUGAAGACAAACUGAGGAAUCUUCGUGUAAAGCUUGCAGUAUUGCUUCAGAAACUUCACCUGGGGGAUCCAGCAGGAGAUCUGGAGCAGAUUGACAGUUACUUAGAAGUUUUGCUCAGAGAAGAUAAUCUCCUUUUUCAAAAUACUUUAAAUAAAGGGACUAUAGAAUCAGAGCAUAAUCUCUUUUUAGAAGAAAAAUAA